GAAGAACCCUGAGCCCAAUCCCAGGGCCCCCACCUCACCCCCUGAUACAUGAGGAAAUGGAUGAACAGAAGAUCCUAGAACUCAUCAACAAGAUGAUAGAGCUGCUGACUGGAGAGGUUCCUAUAAGGUGUCAGGACGUGGCGGUGUAUUUCUCCAUGGAGGAGUGGGAGUAUGUAGAAGGACACAAGGAUCAGUACAAGGAUCAGGUGAUGAUGGAGGAUCAGCAGCCCCUCACAUCAGCAGUCAGAUCCAGUAAGAGAACAGCAGCAGAGAGGUGUCCCCGUCCUCUUCUUCCACAGGAUCAGCUUAUUAAUCUGGAAGAAGAUCUGAUCCAUAUUUAUGCUACAGAAAUAAUAGUAAAAGAAGAAGAGACAGAUGUGAGCAGUGAUGAGCAGUAUAAGGAGGACAUUCCUACUGGAAAAGAUCUGAUCUACAUUCAUGCUCCAGACAUAAUAGUAAAGGAAGAAGUGUGGACAGAUGUGAGCGGUGUUGAGCAGUAUAAGGAGGACAUUCCUACAGGGAAAGAUCUGAUCUAUAUUAAUGCAGACAUAAAGGAAGAAGAAGAGACAGAUGUGAGUGGUCAUGAGCAGUAUAAGGAGGACAUUCCUACAGCAGAUGACUGUACCAGGAGAUCAGAGGAGAAUCUUAUAUCUUCAUAUUAUAAAGAAGAUGAUGAUAUCACACAAGAUACAUAUGAAGAACAUUCCAUUAUCCCAGAUACACCCUCAGCCCUUCACAGACAAGAUCUGUCAUCUCAUCCUAUUAUACCCGUCCUGUCUACUGAUCCAUCACAGACUCACAAAGAAAAUAAUUCAUUUCCGUGUUUAGAAUGUGGGAGAAGUUAUCCUAUGAAAUUUCAGCUUGUUGAACAUCAGCGAAUUCAUGCAGGGAAGAGGCGAUUUUCAUGUCAUGAAUGUGGGAAAUGUUUUACCCGGAAGGCAGCUUAUUUUGACCAUCAGAGAACUCACACAGGAGAGAAACCAUUUUCAUGCUCAGAAUGUGGAAAAUGUUUUAGUCAGAAAGUAAAUCUUAAUCGCCAUCAUAUAGUUCACACAGGGCAAAAGCCAUUUUCAUGUUCAGAAUGUGGGAAAUGUUAUACCAUGAAAUCAAAGCUGGUUGCACAUUUGAGAAUUCACACAGGAGGAAAUAUCUUUUUAUGUAAAAAGUGUGGGAAAUUUUUUACUACGAAAGCAAACCUUGUUGAACAUCAAAAAAUUCACCCAGGUAAAAAGCCAUUUUCAUGUCAAGAAUGUGGGAAAUGUUUUACUGUGAAAACAAACUUUGUUGAACAUCAAAGAACUCACACAGGGGAGAAGAACUUUUCAUGCCAGGAAUGUGGGAAAUGUUUUACUACGAAAUCAAGUCUUUCUAAACAUAAAAAAAUUCACAUAGUAGAGAAGCCGUUUUCAUGUUCUCAAUGUGGCAAAUGUUUUACUCACAAAUCCGAUUUUGUUAAACAUCAGAGAACUCACACAGGGGAAAGGCCAUUUUCAUGCCAUGAAUGUGGGAAAAGUUUUUCUGUGAAAUCACGUCUUGUUUCACAUCAAAGAACUCACACAGGGGAGAAGCCAUUUUCAUGACCAGAAUAUGGGAAAUGUUUUUUACCCACAUAUCACAUCUUCAUAAAUACUAAAGAACUUGCAUAGUGAAGUAGCUAUUUUCUUUACUUUUUAUUUAUGUAUUUAUU